AUGCAACAUAUACAAAGUCAACAGAGUAUCCGAUUUGCAUCAUCUGCUCCAUUAGCUCAAGAUUUAAAAUCUAUAGCGCCAUUCAUAAACCAAAUCUCUGCGAUUCCGCCACCAUUGUACCAAUUGCAUCAGAAUGAUUUGUUGAGUAUACGAGAUCCCGCAUAUUUAUUUGAUAGCUCAAGCGGGUCUCAUUUCACAGACAAGCCAACUAGUGAAGAACCUGACAAGUCUGAAAAGUCUGAAAAGUCUGAAAAGUCGGAUAAACCUACGAGGAAUCGGAAAAGGACUCCAAAAGACCAAGAAAAGACUCCUGAAACACCAGCAAACCCAGACGCAACUGAUAAAUCUAAAGUGGAGGACAAGAAGGAUAAGGAAGAAGUUCCCUCGAACGACGAAUCUUCAGAUUCAAAGUUGAGCAUAGAUCCAAACUCGCCAACAUCAGGAAGUUCAGUUGGUGCAUCUUCUGGGGCCAAUGUGAGUGGCGGUGGAGACAAUGAUGGAAAUAAUGGUAAAAACGGAAUUAAUGGUGAUGGAAAAGAUGGCAAUUCCAACGAUAAUAAUAAUGAUAACAGCUCCAAAGACGACAAUAGUUUGGUGGUUUCGCGUACUGGACUUUAUAGUCCACUUUUGGCAAUCCCAAUGCGCGAUCGUCCUGGUUUACCUGGAAACCAUCACUCAAUAGUUGUUAGAGAUCCCGAGGUGAUUAAAUGCUUAAAGGAAGUUGUGGACAAGAGAGAGCCAUAUUUCUUAUUGUUUCACGUGCGUGAUAUGAACCACCCAGAAAGUGAUGCAGAUAUCAUCAAGAAUAAGGACUUUGUGCAUAAUGUUGGUACCUUGUGUCAAAUACACAAGAUUACUUCCAUGGACGCAUCUUCUGUAACUGUUCUUGCUUAUAUUCAAAAUAGAGUCAAGAUGGUUGAUUUGAGUACGCCCGAGGUGAAGAGCAAGAAUAUUGAAGAGCAGAAAGAUUUUGCUACUGCUUACUUGAAGAAAUUUGGCGUGUCCUAUGCUGCAGUUCAACCACUCAAAGACGAGCCAUAUGAUAAGAAUAGCGUUGAAAUUAGAGCUUUGGUAGAGAACUUUAAAUCAUUAUGUGCAGAGCUUCCUCAAAGUCCUUUGGCUACAGAAGGUGGUAAGAAAUUAUUGGAAUUUCCCUCGAUGCUCGCAGACUUUAUUGGUGGAUCUGUUACUGGUAGUCCCGAUCAAAUCCAGGAUAUAAUUGAAACAUUGGACGUUAAGAAGAAAUUGGAAAAGACGUUGAAUUUGUUAAAGACCGAAGUUGAGGCAGAUAUGAUUAAGCGCCAAGCAAUCACCAAUAUGAGGGAAAGAAUGGAGAAACAAUAUGCACAAUCAAUGGUGAAGGAAUUUGCAAAAGAGCUUUUAAAAGCUGCAGGUUUAGGUGAAAACUCGAAAGCUGCUAAAUUUGACGAGCGAGUAAAGAAAUUGAAAAUGCCCGAAGAAGCUUUAGAGGCAUACAAGACUGAAAAAGCGAGAUUGGGAACACUGAGUGAUACUGAGCUGAACACUGUGGAAAGAUACUUGGACUGGCUUACAUCUAUACCAUUUGGUAUUUAUUCAAAGGACUCUUUUAACGUUAAAAAAGCAAGAGAAAUUUUGGACCGCGACCAUUAUGGUUUGAAAGAUGUCAAAGAUAGGAUUUUAGAGUUUAUCUCUGUUGGUAAAGUAUCGGGAACGGUAAAUGGGAAAAUCAUAUGUUUGGCUGGUCCUCCAGGUACAGGUAAAACUUCGAUUGCAAAGUCAAUUGCAGAAGCGUUGAACAGGAAAUAUACAAGAAUAGCUGUGGGUGGUGUUCAAGAUGUGCAUGAUGUCAAGGGACAUCGUAGAACUUAUGUUGCGUCCAUUCCGGGUAGGAUCAUCUCUGCUUUGGUGCAUGCAAAGACUUCAAAUCCUUUGAUGUUGAUUGAUGAGAUCGACAAGCUUGAUACAACUGCCCAUGGUGGUGCUGCACGUGCGUUUUUGGAGAUUUUGGAUCCAGAACAAAAUAAUGCAUUUGUGGAUAACUUCAUUGAGGUCAAAGUUGAUUUGUCCAAAGUUCUUUUUGUUUGUACUGCAAAUUACCUCGGCUCGAUUCCUCCAGCUUUGAGAGACCGUAUGGAAAUUAUUGAGGUUAAUGGUUAUACCAAGCAUGAGAAGAUUGAAAUUGCCAUGAGACAUUUAAUCCCUGAUGCUUGUAAGAAGGCAGGUUUGAAAGAGGGCUUGGUUGAUAUACCAAAGGAGACGAUUUCAAGAUUGAUUGACAAGUAUUGCCGUGAAAGUGGGUUGAGACACGUGAAAAGUCUUAUUAAUAGAAUAUUCAGUAAGGCUUCUAUGAAGAUAGUCGAGCAAGUAGAAGAGAGGGAAUCAGAUGUGAGAAUUGAAGAUGUGCUGACUGAGGCUGCAGAAAUGAAAAAAGAUGAGAAAGAAAAGAAAGAAUGUUUGGAGAAAGAGGAAGAUAAGGGAGAUAAUUCAGCAGAAGUAACCAGUAAUACCUCAAAAACACAGCUGGAUUUGAAGGAUGAUGUUGAGAAGAGUCAAGAAAAUACAAAAGAAAUUCUUGAUAAAGAAAAUCAAGUGACAUCUGCAAAUGCUCCUAUUGCCAAAGAUCAAGGUAAGGACAAAGAGGUGUCUGAUGUUGAUGCGAAAGAGAACAAAGACAAGGACACUGAAGUAGAGACCGAUACUGAAAACAAGAGCAGAACCGAAAGUGAAAAUGAAAAUGAAAACAAGAAUGAGAAUGAGAAAAAUCAGGUUGAGGAAGAUGAAGGGCCAGUCAAAUUGGCAUUACCAGAUGAUAUAAAAGUUGAAGUGACAACCGAGAAUCUUAAAGACUUUGUUGGUCCCGAAAUCUACACCAAGGAUAGAAUCUAUGAGACAUUAAACCCUGGUGUUGCAACUGGUCUCGCGUAUAACACUUCUGGAGACGGUGAUGCCUUGUACAUUGAAUCUAUAUUGACAGACUCGAUAAGUUCCGAUCUUGGUAACAACGGUAUGGAUGUUACUGGUUCAUUGAAGGAUGUUAUGAAGGAGUCUGCUGCCAUAGCCUACUCUUUUGCCAAGCAGUACUUGGUGAGGAAGUUCCCAGAGAAUAGGUUCUUUGAGGCUGCGCAUAUCCAUGUGCAUUGUCCUGGAGGCGCAAUUCCGAAGGAUGGCCCUUCUGCUGGUAUAGCAUUUACCUCCUCUUUGAUCUCUUUAGCCUUGAACAAGUCUUUACCAAACGACACAGCAAUGACUGGUGAGAUCACAUUAACCGGUAAAGUGUUGGCUAUUGGGGGAUUGAGAGAAAAGACUUUGGGAGCCAAGCGUGCGGGAUACACCAAGAUUAUUUAUCCUAAGGAUUGUGAAUACCAAUUGGAGGAGAUUCCAGAUGAAGUUAAAGAAGGCAUCACUUAUAUUCCGGUGGAAUGGUACCAUGAAGUAUUUGACAAUUUGUUCAACGUCAGUGAAGAGGAAGGAAAUAAUGUAUGGGGAGAAGAAUUUGCAAAACGCGAGGAGAAAAAGAGAGCCAAAACACAACAAUUACUGGAUAGCAAAGUUUAG